CUCCCCUCGAGUGGCCUGUCUUUCUUCCUCUCGAAACUUUCUCUAAAACCCCGCUGUUGGUGUCUGGAGAAAAAGCUUAAACCCUAGAUGGCGAUGAGGACGGCGGCAAUGUCAACGGUGGCGGCGGCCACUCCUCGAGGACUGAGAGGGUUGUUAUUCUCAAGUAUAUCAUCAAGUUUUCCGUUCAAUACACCGCCGACGAGUCCAGAGAAGCCUCCUCCGGCUGAUCCCUCCGCCAACCUCUUCGUCUCCGGGCUUAGCAAACGAACUACUUCAGAGGGACUUAGAGAAGCCUUCGCAAAGUUUGGUGAAGUAAUCCAUGCUAGAGUGGUAACUGAUCGUGCAUCAGGAUACUCAAAGGGGUUUGGUUUUGUGAGAUAUGCUACUUUAGAAGAGGCUGCCGCAGGUAUAAAGGGCAUGGAUGGAACGUUUUUGGAUGGAUGGGUUAUAUUUGCGGAGUAUGCAAGACCAAGACAACCUCCUCCCCAACCCGAAAGUAAUGGGCCUCUGUAUGGCCGCCAGUAGGUCCUGUAUUCAGGGGAAGAAGCUUCUAUCAUUGAGAUAUUGCAUUCAUAUGUUCAGAGCCUUUGAUGAAAUGAUACUUCUCUAAUUUGCCCCAAUUGAAACUUCAUUGUUGUCGCUCUGUGUGUCACUUCUUUAUUAAGGUUGAUAUGAAAUUGAUCCAUCGAAUUGACCGAUAUAUGUAUUUGAAAGGUUGAAUAUUAAAACAGCUAUGCGCAGAAAUUCAUUAUCUGUUGGUUAGUGUAACUAUGUAGAUUCUGCAUCUUGAACCUGUUAUUUAUGGAACAUACGUACGGUUUGAUAUUUAGAAUUGGAAAGCGUAAUACAGGGAGUUUGAAGAGAUUUAGAUGUACAAGUUUUCGUUCAGAUGUGGAUAGGCUUUUGGUCA